AUGGCGGAGCCCAGCAGUCCCAGGAUCCCAAAAAUCAUGGUGUUUCGACCGACUUGGGAGGAAUUUAAGGACUUUUCGAGCUAUGUGAAGCACAUGGAGUCGAAAAUGGCACACAGAGCUGGACUAGCCAAGGUUAUACCACCACCCGAAUGGGUCCCCCGCAAAAUCGGUUACAACGUCGACGAUAUAGACAUCACCAUUCCCGCGCCGAUUUGCCAGGUCGUUACUGGCAAGCAAGGCUUGUACCAGCAGAUCAACAUACAGAAAAAACCCAUGUCCGUGAAACAGUACAAAGAACUCGCCAAUUCCAGUCGAUACGCCACCCCUAGACACUUCGAUUACGAAGAUUUAGAAAGGAAAUACUGGAAGAAUAUCACGUAUGUGGCCCCCAUCUACGGAGCUGAUGUUUGCGGCAGUCUCACCGAUAACGAUGUUAAUGAAUGGAAUAUAAAUAGACUGGGAACUAUAUUGGAUUAUGUAAAUGAAGAUUAUGGAAUAUCAAUCGAUGGGGUUAAUACAGCUUAUUUAUAUUUCGGCAUGUGGAAAACAACAUUUGCUUGGCAUACGGAAGAUAUGGAUCUGUAUUCUAUUAAUUACUUGCAUUUCGGUGCUCCAAAAACAUGGUAUUCUAUUCCGCCGGAACACGGUAGACGUUUGGAAAGGUUAGCUAAUGGAUUUUUCCCCAGCUCUUAUAAGACGUGUCAGGCUUUUUUGCGGCACAAAAUGACGUUGAUCUCGCCGCAAAUUCUUAAGCAGUAUUCCAUACCGUAUAACAAAAUUACACAAGAAGCUGGAGAAAUAAUGAUCACGUUUCCUUAUGGUUAUCACGCCGGUUUCAAUCACGGUUUCAAUUGCGCCGAAUCGACUAAUUUUGCACAGGAACGAUGGAUCGAAUACGGAAAGAGGGCAUCGCAAUGCACUUGUAGCAAGGACAUGGUGAAAAUUUCGAUGGACACUUUUGUCAAACGAUUUCAACCGGACAGAUACGAAAUGUGGCUAAAGGGAGAAGAUAUAGGGCCUCACCCCGAAGAACCCAACAGAAACGUAGCUGCUCCCAUCCCCAUGCCUCAGGAUAUCCUGUGCAAUAAAAACAACACGUCCUUGCCUCAGUCUUACUUGGAGAAUACGAAAAAUAAGAAAGGAAGAAUGAUGGCCUUUAACCACUUGGCCGAUUUUCCUACAUCUCUUCAGUUAGAACUCAUGGAAGAGGAUAAUUUGGCUUACGGCUCGGAGGAAUUGCCCCCUGACGAACAGCAAAUGGAAGUUCUCGAGGACAUUUGGUUGAAAGCUGGCGAAAUUGAAGCGGAAGAUGCGGAAAUAUGCGACGACGGUUAUAACGUGAAGAAAAGCAGGCAUUUUCAAAAGAAGAAACGCCAUAAGAGAAACAAGAAAAAUUCCGAUGGAUCUUGGUCGCCCAAGAAGCAUUUGCAUAACGAUAAGGACGAACUAACGGGACUUUACGCGCCAUGUGAUAGAAAAGAUAAAAAAGUUUGCGGGAAAAUUGUAAAGCCCAUCGAAGAGCCAGUUGAUACUUCGGAACUUGUUAAGAAUCUUAUAGCGCAAGAGACUGAAAUCCUAAUGCAAAAAGCUAAAAAACACAAACACAAGCACAAAAAGAAAGAAGGCGAUGAACAUAAGAAGCAUAAAAAACGGAAACACCAGAAUGUCGAAACUAAAAAUAACGGCAUUCCAACAGAAGAUAAACCAAAUAAGCCUGAAGUAAAAGAACAGGCGCAAGCAAAGAAUGAAAUAGACAAUAUCAUUCGAGCAGCAGCUGAAGAACACAAACAGAAACUUCUCAGCGAAUCCACAGAUAUGUUAUCGGAACCUUCCACGUCCCAACAAGGCGUGCAAUCUGCAGUAUACGCUCCUAAACUAGACCUAAAAGCCUACAGAAUACCUAAAAAAGUGUCCGCCAACAAAGUCGAAACUAUAAAAACGUCUAAAGGAAUUAUAACCGUCGUCGAACCCACUCCCAUGAUAGCAAACUCGAAAAUUUUACCCGUAUCAUCGAAUCCCAACAAAUACGAGAACGCUUUCCUCGAUUUCAUAAAUCAAAGGCAACAACAGCCCGCCAAAAGCCCGCAAAGCGCGAAUAUUAAUUCACCGAACAGUAUUUCCAAAACGAUUUCGUCUCUACCGAAGGAUAUCAGAGUGAAAACCGCUCCGAUGACAACCGGAAACCGACCGCCGGCCUCGACCAUAGUGGACAUAGUAAACAGGCAACCGAAUGCAUCGAACCCGGACCUAACGAAGAUCAUAAACUUGGGAUCCAAAACGUUUAUAGUACCGCAAACGGUCAGUUCGCAGAGCGUUAUACAAUUCAAAAGCGACAACUACGCUCCGCUGGGGAAUUUCACCGCUAACAGUACAACGGCGGAACCUCGAGCGCUGAAUUUAUCGUCUCCGAAAGGCGCCGGAAACAUACCGACGGUCGAGUUCACGGAGCUCCGCCAGGUGUCGCAGCAGAUGCCGCUGCUCUCGACGCCGGAGCCCUUCUGCGAGCACGACGACAUGCCCAAGCUGGACUCGCCCGUCGUCGCGACGCCCGUCAACCUGACCGAGAUCGAUCGCAGGGACGAGGCGGUCAAAGGCCUGCUGGACAUGUACUCCGUAAGUAUCGAAAAGGCCGCGAAGGCGGAGACCUCGUUGCCGCCCAAGAAACACAAACCGAACUUGAUAUGGAGCAACCACAAGUAUUACACUACGUACAGAUGCUCGGAGACGACAUACACCAACCUGAAUAGGUUUUUCCCGCUUACGAAUUUGCCUAUACCGCGGGCCGAUGUGGGAAACGAGGCGGAUUCGAAUAAAGUGAUCGUCGAAGCCCAACCGAACGAGAUAACGGAUAGUAUAACGGCUUUAGAACUUAUACAACCUGGUUUGAACGAGCCGGACACUACGGGAGAGGAAUCCGAAGAAGAUUCCGGCAGUUCGUCGAGCUCGGACGAGUACACUAGUUCGAGUGAAUGCGAAUCGGAUUGCGAGGAAUGCUUGAAGGAAAAGCAAGUUAGUAAUCAAACUGUUCAAACGAAAAAAAAUUGUCCGAUCAACGACGAUUACGAAGAUAUUAAAGAAAACCUGCGGACGAAAUUCAAGAAAAACAAAUCGUCCAGGGGUAGAGGAAGGCCCAAAAAAUCUGUCAAUAAAAAAAGGUUUUCUCUAUCGGAAAUUAUACUGGGCGUUCGUAAAUUAGGGCGGCCGUGCAAAGAAGACCAGCUCCAAUUGAACAAGGCCAAACUCAUGAUAGAUAAAUACAAGCAGCGGUUCAUGAACGAAGGUUUGAGCUUGAAAUUGGCCAAUAUGAGGGCGCUCAUGACGCCGUUGGAGUGCUACGUGAACGCUGAGAACGUUUUGGACAAUUUCAGCGAGGAUAUGCAAAAGUAUUUGACGUCCGGAUUGACUCUGUUCAACGUCAGCUCGAUUCACUUGACGAAAGACUGUAAAAAAGCGUUGGAAGAUCGCGAUGAGGAGGAAGAAGCGGUCGAGGAAGCGGAUAGUUUGCACGUGAAAAAUAGCACUAUCAAAACAAAGGAUACGGUGUGGGCGAAACAUAGAAAUGGCAGGUAUUACCACGCUAAAGUGGUAGACGUGAAAGCGGAGUUGCAAUACGCCGUGUUCUUCCCGGAGGAUCAGAGUUUUUCCAAAGACAUUUCGCCGACGGACGUGGUUGGCGUGGAAAAUAUGCCGAACGGUCCGCGCAAAGGGCAGAAAUUGAAAGUCAGAUGGGCCGAUGGGAAAAUUUACAAUGCGGAUUAUAUGGGGAAAACUUACACUUGUGUGUAUGUGGUCUUAUUCGAAGACGAGUCUAAAUGUAAUCUUCACAGAGAUUUUAUAUUCACAUUGGAUGAAUCGAUACCAAAAAGAAUUUUAUCGAAAAUGUCGUACGCUAGUGAUAUGAUACAUAGAGAACAUCUUUACGGAUUAGAAAGGGAUUUGCCGUUGCGGCGGCCUGUAAAAAAGAAAGUAUUUUCCGACAAUAGUUUUUAG